GGAUAGUUGUCUUGGACGGACCAAUCUCGGCGAUCGUAAGGUUUUUCCAUCAGAAGUGUUUUACCUUUUAAUGGUAUAAUAUUAGUCACAAAAAAGUGAAAUGGUAGAAGUGACGCUUUAGUACGCAUCGUCUGGUGUUAACUAGUAAGUCAUGCUCCUGGUGGAUCCUGGUGUGUUUAUUGGAACGGCGGCUGACCUUAAUAACAGUCAGGGUUUGGAAGAAGCCGCAAUCACUCACAUCGUGUCUGCGGACUCUGUGGACCCGGGACCUCUACUGCCUGUGGAUUCUAACUAUCGCAAGAAAUGGAUCAAUGUCCUGGAUGAGGUGACGGCGGACCUCUUGAGCCAUAUGGACGAUUGCUACCUAUUUAUUCAGGAGGCCAUGGAUGGAGGUGGGGCGGCGCUUGUCCACUGUCAGGCUGGGCGAAGUCGCAGCGCCACCAUCGUGACUGCUUACCUUAUGAAGAGACACAAGCUGGACUUCGCUGAGGCUUAUCAGAGACUGAAGAGUGUCAAGCAGGAUGUACAGGUUAACAGUGGUUUUGAGGAGCAGUUGCGUCUAUAUGAGGCCUUGCAGUGUCAAGUGGACACCACCAAUCCGCUUUAUAAACAAUACAGAUUGACAAAGAUUACUGAGAAAUACCCUGAGUUGCAGCAGGUUCCCAGGGAAGUGUUUGCAGCUGACCCUGCCCAGUCCAAUUCAUCUGAAGCCUCCUAUCGUUGCAGGAAGUGCAGAAGAACUCUCUUUCGCAGCUCUAGUCUCCUCAGUCACCCAGUGGGAGAAGGAGCAUCAGCUUUCGGCUAUAAGAAGUCCUCUAACCUGACAGAAGGAAUCCGAUGUACAUCUUAUUUCAUUGAACCAGUGCAGUGGAUGGAACAAGCUUUACUUGGUGUGAUGGAUGGACAGCUUCUGUGUCCCAAGUGUCAUUCCAAACUGGGCUCGUUCAGCUGGUGCGGACAUCAGUGUUCGUGCGGCCGCUGGAUCACGCCUUCCUUUCAGCUGCAUCAAAACCGAGUGGACGAGAGCCGACCCAUUCACAUACACAGAUGACAUCACAACACUCUGACAGUUGGAUAGAAAUCACAUAAUGUAAUCUGUGCAUCGCUUUAAAGAUAAAGAAAAGGAUAAAAGUUGUAAUGUCUUAAUGAUAUUUUUAUCCACCUACCUACUCUAUCUUCUCUAUAUUAUCUAUACUGUACAUGGGCUUGACUGAAUGCUAUCACAUUAAAUUGGAUUCACACUAUUACCU